GGGGGGGCCUGGCCUGUGAGUGACUCGGACCAUGGCAGAGCCUCCUUCAUCGCCGAUGGCUGCGUGGGGGCUGCGCCUCGUCAAUCGCGUCUACUGUAGAUUAUCUCCGCUCUGGCUGGGACUCUUGUCGGGCAGCACUCUCUUCUCCGCUUUCCGAGAAGACCACGCCCACGCCCACGACAACCAAGCUCCCCCCCUUUGUCCAAAACAAUCACGAGAGAUACCUGUAGCUCAGUCCGCAAAAGACACCCCAGUAUUGAGCCGGGAUAUCUUCUCCCCCGGCUCACGACUGUCCAAGGCUAUCCCGAGGCUUUCCCAACCACCGCAGCCCGGUCGACACGAGUACGGGUGUCUCUCCAAGACAAUGCCCCCCGGGUCUCAGAAACGAAGUCUGAAAUCCCACGAUUCCAGCAGCAAUAAGCACCCUGCCACCGGGGAUUCUGUAGCCAACAAGCAACACGACCCAGAACUCCAGCAAAGAUGUAAAGACCACAUCAUGUCCCUUCGGCUCUCAGCCGAAGAGGACCUGUCUGAUGAUGAAAGCUUCAAUGGCGUCGAUUGGCUCAAAGAGGAAGCUCCAUGCCCGCCAGAUGUACAACGCCAAGUCCACCGAUAUAUGCACGAGAAGAAUUUGUAUCAAGUCAGCACCUCGGACGACCCCGUUUUCGUCGAUUUGGUGGAUUUGGUAAAAUCCCAGGCCGGUGUGCCCAUUACUAGGAACUGGGAACAAAAAGUCCCUGACAAGUGCAGAGGCUUGAUAGCUACAUCAACGAAGAUCUGGAAGCGCGAUGGGUUGCUAGUUGCUCGCAACAAUGUGACGAGGAAGACCGAAGUUUUCCAAUAUCUUUGGGACCGCGCAAUCCACGCAGCUCGCGUGAGACGUUUGGCAGCAGCCGAAGCACAGGUUUUUGAACCAAUCUACUCUGGAUUUGGACAAGGGGACACUGCCAGCUUGGGUGGUUUGGGUUCUCGAAAGAGAAGUGCUGCAAGCAUGCAAGAAGCUCGGUCAUCAAAUUCUCCUAAACGAGUACGCGUGGCGGAAUCAGAUCUAGGAGAGGAUGAUGGAGGCGAUUCGAUUGAAGUCGACUGCGAAAUUCUCUAUGUGACGAGUCCUGAAAGAGAUUCGGCAGAUGAAAAUACAAGACACACGACCGUAGUUUCAGCUUCUACUCCCUCAGGUGGCCGACAACCUACGAGCCGCAAUAUUCCCGCGGGAUAUAUGAAUAAAUUCAAGUCUCAGGUUAUGACAGCCCGAGACGCACUCUCUGCGCUGGGUCCAGCGGAAGAAGUCAGAGGAGCCUCCCAGGAAGGGAUGCAGCUCACGCAAAAUAACCGGGACCCUGGCUUUGCCACCGAACCCCACGGAUGUCCAGCGCCUGCUGGGCGCUCUACCCAUGGGGGAUAUCCGACUAACGCCACAAGCUGGAGUCCGAGUCAUUCUAAAACAAUAUCUUCUGAUCGACAUGCACCCGCGGUCGAAGGUCUCGAUCAGGCAGCAUCACUUAAGCCCUUAGCUGGCCGGAAUAUGAAUCAAACUGGCAGUCCCUUCAUGGAAAGCCCCUCCUCAACUGGUCAAACAAUCACCAUGGACAUCACAAAUACGACCCUCAAUCCUAUCGGCAAUCAUGGACAAGUGAUUUCAUCCUCCAAGCCCCAAGAACGAGAGAACAGCCUUCACAAUUCGAAUUCAAUCUCUCGACUGGUAAAUUCCUCACUGGACAAUGCGCCAGAAACCAGCCAGGCUGAAAGGACAUAUCAUUCCUUGACAGCUCAAAUUGCGGCACAGGUAUCUCAAACUUUGAGCCCACCGAACCACCAGCAACCAUUUGCAGAUAGGGUCCAAGCCAGUCCUUUGGACCAGACUGGUGGUGGAAUAACUAGUCCUGACGACUCUGGUAUCUCGGAGGGAAGCUAUUCACCAACAUCUUCAGAGAACUCUGACUCGUCCAACUUCUUAGACAGAGUUGCGAACGCACCCCAAGGAAUGGAGUAUCCUCAAAAUUCGUCCCAAAACGGCGGGGAUAGUCAACUUCCCUUUGAAAGACGGUUCAGCCAGUUCUUUAACAUGGCCCAGACCGUCGCAGGGCAUCCUCCAGUGCCGGUCCCUAGAAGAACCGACCAAUCUCGAGACGCCGAAUCAACAAGACCGGUACCUCCUGGGCCGCCAUCUCAAAAUGCAUGGCCAAAUGGUCCUCCGCCGCCCCCUCCGGCCCCUCCGCGGGCUCUAACUCAAAGUCAGGUUCUACCAUCUCUCCCUAUCUCUCAGAAUCUAUGGCCAAAUGGCCCUCCUCCGCCCCCUCAACGUCCUCCCCCUGUCUCUCAGAAUGCAUGGCCAAAUGGCCCUCCGCCACCCCCUCCACCACCUCCACGGGCAUUACCUCAAAGCCAAGGUCCACCCCCUCCUCCUGUCUCUCAGAAUCUAUGGCCAAAUGGCCCUCCUCCACCCCCUCAACGUCCACCACCUCCCCCUACCUCUCAGAAUGCAUGGCCAAAUGGCCUUCCGCCGCCCCCUCUGUGCACUUCCAGUCAGGCUUCACCAGGUCCACCACCACCUAUGUCACCCCAAAAUGCAUGGCCAAAUGGCCCUCCGCCACCUCCACGGGCAUUAUCUCACAGCCAGGGUCCACCACUUCCCCCCGUCUCUCAAAAUGCAUGGCCAAAUGGCCCUCCGCCGCCCCCUCUGCGCACUUCCAAUCAGAACCAGGCUUCGCCAGGUCCACCACCUAUGUCACCCCAAAAUGCAUGGCCAAAUGGCCCUCCGCCACCCCCUCGUACUCUAUAUCACAGUCAUGGUCCACCACCACCUCCACCUCCACCUCUUCACCCCGUAUCUACUCAAAAUCGAAACUCUUCUGCCCCUCAGCCAUCUCCUCCCAUCGCCAAUCAACCUGAGAGUCCAUCUCGCGGCCCCCCACUACCUCCCCCGUCGAUAAUUCCUCAAAAUCAAAGGCCGCCUGGCCCACCUCCUCCAGCUCAAGCUUUAAACCCUCCUCCAUCCCUUGCCCAAGAUUCGCCAUCAAUUUCAGCUGUAUCAAUGCAACAUCAAAGUCCGUGCCCCACGGGUGCUUCGGAUCCGGUUGCAGGGCCAUCGUCCCUACAAUUUCUGACUUCAGAUCAGCAAAAACCAUCCUCAUCUCCUUGGAAUUCAUCACAACAUAUACGCCAGCCACCUCCCGCUCCAAUGCAGAACCAGUCGGUGGGUCCACCGUUGGCUCAGCAAGGCUUGGGAUCUGGAAUAAAAUUAUCUAAUUCUACACUCCUCGUCGACGAUCAACAAUCUUGGAAGAAGUACAAUGAGAUGGUCUCUAUUCACCUGCCGCCAACCACCAUGGAUUCUUUCCGGAUUCUGAGCAAUAGUGAACCCACGACGGAGAGCACAUGCAGGUUCCUUGCGGGAGACGUGUUUAAGCUCACGGUUACAGAGCUUUUUGAAUGGAUUUCUCUUUUUUUGAAGAUUGCACCACCUACACAGCUGGUCUUUGAUUUUCUGCGCGUUCACUCCAAGUUGGAGAGGAGGAAAGUACUUCUCAAUAAGGGCGAUUCAAUUGUAUUUGAAGCCAUCAAAGAUACAGCGUGGGAGCGCUUUAGAGAAAUAGCGGAUCUGGACCCAGCGUUAACCAGUGCCGAGAUUCUGAUCUUACCUUUUGGGUCGGCAGCCUUUGGAAGCACUAGCGAAGGCAUGCAACAGCAAUUACAACAAACGCACUCUGCUAACGCAACUUCGAACAUCCUGUCUGAUCAACCAUCAUCCUAUUUACCUGGACCGAAUCAAAACAAUUCUAGCUUCCCACCUGACUCUGUUCGUCGGCGGUCUACCACUGAACCUGGAGGUCCACCUCCUUUUCGCCCACCACCACAAUCUCACAAUAGUUUUCCCAUAUCGCCGGCACCUGAUACCAUCAACUCCCGCGGAGGGCCCUCAAAAACGGAACCCAGCCGAGUGCCAACUCCCCACGUCAAAACCCCACAAGAAGGAAACAUCCCUAAUUCCAACAAUAACAUGAUGGAUGCCCAUGCUCCACCGGAUGCGGAUCCACGACGCCAGCCACAACACCUUCCAGCCCAGAAUCCUGCUCCCACGCGCAGCGCCCGCCCCAGAACCGACGCCAGCCCCCCUUCCACCGCAAAAAUCGUCGUCCGCAUCCAGAUCGACGGCCACGGCCGGCUCAGUCGCAGCUACGACAAGUCCGCAUUGAACACCCGCACCACCAACGCGCGAUUCUUCGCAUGGUUCGCGCAAGAGACGGGCCACGCGCCCGCUGGUACGUUGCGGUUCGACUUCAAGGAUGCGCUGCCCGCCAAGUCCAGCGUCGUCGCGGCAGGCAACGAGGACCACUUCGAUUUGAUGGUCCAUGAUAUCAAGAGGAAGUUUGAUCGGGCGAAGGAGUUCGCGCCUGAUAUGAAUGAGUUCUGCAUCGUGGUUACCGAUCCCCAGUGGGAUUCUGGCGACGAGGACGAGGACGAGGACGAGGAUGAAGAUGAGUAGAACCUUGAACUGGAUCUUCUCGAGAGGAAUUGGGUGAAAUGAUUGAUAGAUGAGAGAGGAGGAUGUAGCUAAUUUUCGUGAGGUUACUAAUAAAAUUAAAGAGCAAAGAUCAAAAAAGGAAAGUUGGUUCAAAGGGGAUACGGCGUCGUUUAUGUUAUUUAGCCAUUAUCUUGACAAAAUUGAAUUAACUAGUAAUGGGAUAAAAUGAAGAGAACUAGUGUUAGAAGAAGCUAAGUAUAAUUCCUUUAUAAUAACAAGGUUAAAGAUAUAAUGAACGUAUAAGUAAAGGAUAUUU